GGAGCGGCAGUCGAGCUCGCGGGUGCGGACGGGAAACCGCGAGGGCCGGGGCGGGUGGCGGGGCGACGGACGGCGACGAUGGCCGCAGCAGCUGGCAGCGGGCCGGGGGCGACGGCGGGCGCAGGGGGCACAGGGGGUGCUGCGGCGGCUGCGGGCCUAGCCGUCUAUCGGCGGAAGGACGGGGGCCCAGCCGGCAAGUUCUGGGAGAGUCCGGAGACGGUAUCUCAGCUGGACUCAGUGCGCGUCUGGCUGGGCAAGCACUACAAGAAGUAUGUUCAUGCAGAUGCUCCUACCAAUAAAACUCUGUCUGGACUUGUGGUACAGCUUCUCCAGUUUCAGGAAGAUGCCUUUGGGAAGCAUGUCACUAAUCCGGCUUUCACCAAACUCCCUGCAAAAUGUUUCAUGGAUUUCAAAGCUGGAGGCACCUUGUGUCAUAUUCUCGGGGCUGCUUACAAGUAUAAAAACGAACAGGGAUGGCGGAGAUUUGAUCUGCAGAAUCCAUCACGAAUGGAUCGUAAUGUUGAAAUGUUUAUGAACAUUGAGAAAACGUUGGUGCAGAACAAUUGUCUGACCAGACCCAACAUCUACCUCAUUCCAGACAUUGAUCUGAAGUUGGCUAACAAAUUGAAAGAUAUCAUCAAGCGACAUCAGGGAACCUUUACUGAGGAGAAGUCAAAAGCUUCCCACCACAUUUAUCCAUAUCCUUCUUCACAAGAGGAUGAAGAAUGGCUGAGACCAGUGAUGAGAAAAGACAAGCAGGUGUUAGUACAUUGGGGCUUCUACCCAGACAGCUAUGAUACUUGGGUCCAUAGUAAUGAUGUUGAUGCUGAAAUUGAAGAUCCACCAAUUCCAGAAAAGCCUUGGAAGGUUCAUGUGAAGUGGAUUUUAGACACUGACAUUUUUAAUGAAUGGAUGAAUGAGGAGGAUUAUGAAGUGGAUGAGAACAGGAAGCCAGUGAGUUUUCGUCAGCGAAUUUCAACAAAGAAUGAAGAGCCAGUCAGAAGUCCAGAGAGAAGAGAUAGAAAAGCAUCAGCUAAUGCUCGGAAGAGGAAACAUUCACCUUCACCUCCCCCUCCCACACCUACAGAAUCUCGGAAGAAAAGUGGGAAGAAAGGCCAAGCUAAUCUUUAUGGGAAGCGCAGAAGUCAGAAAGAGGAAGAUGAGCAAGAAGACCUUACCAAGGACAUGGAAGACCCAACACCUGUACCCAAUAUAGAGGAGGUGGUACUCCCCAAAAAUGUAAACCCAAAGAAAGAUAGUGAAAAUACACCUGUUAAAGGAGGAACUGUAGCAGAUCUAGAUGAACAAGAUGAAGAAACAAUGACAACAGGAGGAAAGGAAGAUGAAGAUCCUGGCAAAGGUGAUCAGAGUCGGUCAGUUGACCCUGGUGAAGAUAAUGUGACAGAGCAGACUAAUCACAUUAUUAUUCCCAGCUAUGCAUCAUGGUUUGAUUAUAACUGUAUUCAUGUGAUUGAACGGCGUGCUCUUCCUGAAUUUUUCAAUGGAAAAAACAAAUCCAAGACUCCAGAAAUAUACUUGGCAUAUAGAAAUUUUAUGAUUGACACAUACCGUCUGAACCCCCAAGAGUAUUUAACCAGCACUGCUUGUCGGAGGAACUUGACUGGAGAUGUGUGUGCUGUGAUGAGGGUUCAUGCCUUUUUAGAGCAGUGGGGGCUUGUUAAUUAUCAAGUUGAUCCAGAAAGUCGACCCAUGGCAAUGGGACCUCCUCCUACUCCUCAUUUCAAUGUAUUAGCUGAUACUCCCUCUGGGCUUGUGCCUCUGCAUCUUCGAUCACCUCAGGUACCUGCUGCUCAGCAGAUGUUAAAUUUUCCUGAGAAGAACAAGGAAAAACCAAUUGAUUUGCAGAACUUUGGUCUUCGUACUGACAUCUACUCCAAGAAAACAUUAGCAAAGAGUAAAGGUGCUAGUGCUGGAAGAGAGUGGACAGAACAAGAGACCCUUCUACUCCUGGAGGCCCUGGAGAUGUAUAAGGAUGAUUGGAACAAAGUGUCAGAACAUGUCGGAAGUCGUACUCAGGAUGAAUGCAUCCUCCACUUUUUGAGGCUUCCCAUUGAGGACCCAUACCUCGAAAAUUCAGAUGCUUCCCUUGGGCCUCUGGCCUAUCAGCCAGUUCCUUUCAGUCAGUCGGGAAAUCCAGUCAUGAGUACUGUUGCUUUUUUGGCAUCUGUGGUGGACCCACGUGUGGCAUCUGCUGCAGCAAAAGCAGCUUUGGAGGAGUUUUCUCGGGUCCGAGAGGAGGUACCACUGGAGUUGGUUGAAGCCCAUGUUAAGAAAGUACAAGAGGCUGCCCGAGCCUCUGGGAAAGUGGAUCCUACCUAUGGCUUGGAGAGCAGCUGUAUUGCAGGCACAGGGCCUGAAGAGCCUGAGAAGCUUGAAGGAAGUGAAGAAGAAAAGAUGGAAACAGACCCUGAAGCUCAGCAGCCUGAAAAGACAGAAAACAAAGUAGAAAAUGAAACAGAUGAAGGUGAUAAAGUACAAGAUGGAGAAAACGAAAAAAAUAGUGAGAAGGAACAGGAUAGUGAAGUUAGUGAAGAUGUCAAGUCAGAAGAAAAGGAGACUGAAGAGAACAAGGAACUCACUGAUACAUGUAAAGAAAGAGAAAGUGAUACUGGGAAGAAGAAAGUGGAACAUGAAAUUUCUGAAGGAAAUGUUGCCACAGCAGCAGCAGCUGCUCUUGCCUCAGCUGCUACCAAAGCCAAGCAUCUGGCUGCUGUGGAAGAGAGAAAGAUCAAGUCCCUGGUAGCUCUCCUGGUUGAGACACAAAUGAAGAAACUAGAGAUUAAACUUCGACAUUUUGAGGAAUUGGAAACUAUCAUGGACAGAGAGAAAGAGGCUUUAGAACAACAGAGGCAACAGUUACUUACUGAACGCCAGAACUUCCACAUGGAACAGCUGAAAUAUGCCGAAUUACGAGCCCGACAACAAAUGGAACAGCAGCAGCAUGGCCAGAACCCUCAACAAGCACACCAGCACUCAGGAGGACCUGGCCUGGCCCCUCUUGGAGCAGCAGGACACCCUGGCAUGAUGCCUCAUCAGCAGCCUCCUCCCUAUCCUCUGAUGCACCACCAGAUGCCACCACCUCAUCCACCCCAGCCAGGUCAGAUACCAGGACCAGGUUCCAUGAUGCCUGGGCAGCCCUUGCCAGGCCGCAUGAUUCCCACUGUGGCAGCCAACAUCCACCCUGCUGGGAGUGGCCCUGCCCCUCCUGGAAUGCCUCCUAUACCAGGAAACAUCUUGGGACCCCGGGUCCCCCUCACAGCACCAAAUGGCAUGUAUCCCCCUCCGCCACAGCAGCAGCCACCACCACCUGCAGAUGGGAUUCCUCCACCUCCUGCUCCAGGCCCACCCACCUCGGCCACUCCUUAGCCUGGAAGAUAGGAAACCUCUACGCCCACCACAAGCUGGAGUGGGGAUGACAAGACUUGUGUUCCUCGGCUUCCUUGGUUUUUUUUUUUUUUUUUUUUCAGGAGUUUUCUUCUCGCAGCCCCAAGCACGUGUCCCACGUCCCCACUCCUCUUGCCAUCCCUCUCCAUGCUCUGUUACCUCUUGUGUCAGGUCCUCAGCUGACACUCAAGGGGAAGCCUGUGGUGACAAUGUGUCCUGAUCAUCUUAAAAAUAACCCAUACCUCCCCUGUCUUGGUGUGGGAGGUGUUGUCUGUUGAUCUGCAGGUCCUGUCAACAGUAGUAUUAUAUGUCUAUCAUUUUUGCUC